AUGAAUGGGAAAUAUCCAGUUGCUGUAAUUACAGACCAGGACAUGGCGAUUAGCAAUGCAGUCUCCAAAGUUUUCCCAAAGACCAAGCAUCGAUUUUGUUUGUGGCAUAUCAUGAAAAAGUUUCCAGAGAAGUUAUCUCAUGUUUACCAUGAACAAGCAUCAUUUAAGAAGCAUUUAAAUGGGUGUAUAUGGAGCUCUAAGAGCACUCAAGAGUUUGAAGAAAGAUGGAAAAAUCUUCUUGUUCAGUAUGGUCUUGUUGGAAAUGAGUGGCUGCAUGUACUUUACUCUAUUAGAUCGUCAUGGGUACCAAUCUUUAAUAGAUCUACUUUCUUUGCUGGUAUGAACACUACUCAGCGCAGUGAAAGUAUAAAUUCAUUCUUUGAUGGAUUUGUUACAUCUGGAACAACAUUGAAGGAAUUUGUGGAGAAAUAUAAUCAAGCAGUAGAUGCUCGCUAUGAGUCAUUCAAAAAAGAAGACUUUGAAUCUAAGCAUAAAGAAAGACUUUUGACAUUUAAUAUGCCAUUGGAGGAGCAUGCAGCUAAAGUAUAUACCCGUGCAAUUUUUUUAAAGUUCAGUGAAGAGCUUUCUUUUAGUUUACGGUUAUCUAAGGAAAAACUUAGAAAUGAUGGCGGGUGUGUUACGUACCGAGUUUUUAAUAAGAAAGACAUAGAAGAUUUUGCAACAGUUGAGAUGAAUUUGGAAAAUAAAGAAGCUAAUUGUUCUUGCCUUUAUUUUGACUUCAUGGGAAUCCUAUGCCGACAUGUUCUUGCCAUUUUUUUGAUUGAAAAUGUUGAGCAACUCCCUGAACACUUCAUCUUGUAUCGCUGGCGCAAGGAAGGAAAUCUUAUACUAAGAACAAACAAGGACAUGUCUGUUACUGAUGGAGAUAGACUCUUUCGCAGCUUUCACCUACGCUCUAGAUAUUCUACACUUGAUGAGCUUGCAUAUAAGUCUAGUGAAGCAUUUCGAUUUAUUUGUGAUAGUAUUGAUUCUCUCUCUAUUGCUGCAAAAAAAAUUGUUACAUCUGAGGAGAGUAGUGAUGUUGGCGAUUCUGACUUACAAUACUUGGGUCAUAAUUCUGAAGAGUCUUCUAUGAUGAACUUGAAGGAUCCCUGUGUUUCGCAAACGAAAGGGCGAAAAAGGGACUCCCAUAACACUUCACAGGGACGGAGGAUUCGUAGCGGCAUUGAAGAAGCAUCAAAGCAUACUAAUAUUUGUGGAACUUGCUUCAAUUUCUAUAGUAUUGAUUUUCUGGUCGAUGGGUUUAAUUUCUUGCAUGACUUGAGUAGUCAUUUGGUUGGUGUUGGUUCUGUUUCUGCUCAAUGA